ACCCUUUGCGCAUUCAAAGAUGGAAAGCCCCUGAAUAUGAUUUUAGACGAUGGAGGUGAUUUGACCGCUUUGGUCCAUGAAAAACAUCCAGAGUUUUUACCAGGUAUAAAGGGUAUAUCAGAAGAAACAACGACUGGUGUUCAUAAUUUAUACAAGAUGUUAAAGGAAGGCAAAUUGAAAGUUACCGCUAUCAAUGUAAAUAAUUCAGUGACAAAAUCUAAAUUCGACAAUCUUUACGGUUGUCGUGAGUCCCUUAUUGAUGGUAUUAAACGUGCUACCGACGUACAAAUUGCGGGUAAAGUCGCGGUUGUUGCAGGCUAUGGUGAUGUAGGAAAAGGUUGUUCAGCAGCUCUUCGUGGAAUGGGUGCUCGA